ACAAAAAUGAGAGGACAAUACUAGUGGUGAGGUAGUACAUAUGGUAUAGUACUAAGCCCCUUUCAUUUUAUUAAAAAAAUUAACACAGAAGAAAGGAAUUUUGUGUGAAUGGGGACAGUUAUCGACUCCCAUUUCUUGGGCCUAACCGCCAUUGUUACAGUGGUUUACCAAUUAAUCUUUUUUAUAAUCACAGCUCUCCUCAAAUUUGAUAAAGUCACAGAUUUCGCAGGAGGUACAAAUUUCAUUGUGCUUGCAGUAUUAACUUUGAUACUAAAAGGUUCAUGGAAUUUUCGACAGGUGGUUUUGUCUGUGUUUGUCGUGAUAUGGGGCCUUCGACUGGGGCUAUUUCUAUUAAUGAGGAUAUUACAAUGGGGUGAGGAUAGACGUUUUGAUGAUAAGCGUGAUAAUCUGGGGAAACUGGCAAUAUUUUGGCUAUUUCAGGCAAUCUGGGUGUGGACUGUGAGUUUACCAGUGACAGUUGUUAAUGCAAGUGACCACCAACCAUCUGUUCAGACGGUAGACAUCAUUGGUUGGAUUAUGUGGUCUAUCGGAAUUUCAGUUGAGAUCACUUCUGACCAACAAAAGUUAACAUUCAAAAACUCCCCAGAGAACAGAGGAAAGUGGUGCAAUGUUGGACUGUGGAAGUAUUCACGGCAUCCAAACUAUUUUGGCGAGAUCUUUCUAUGGUGGGGAAUAUUUGUGGCAUCAACGCCUGUGUUGGAGGGUGCUGAAUGGCUUGUUGUGCUUGGACCAGUGUUCUUAACAUUGCUGCUGCUUUUCGUUAGUGGCAUUCCCUUGCUUGAGGAAUCAGCAGACAAGAAAUACGGAAAUGUAGCUGAAUAUAUAAUCUAUAAGGAUACGACAAGCCCUCUCAUUUUGCUGCCCCCUGGAUUAUAUGGAAAGCUUCCUUCAUGGUUCAAAACUAUAUUCCUUUUAGAGUUUCCGCUGUACAGUCGCAAUCUUUCCCAAUAAGAGCUAAGCUGGAACUCUAAACAUGUGAAAUAAUGUCACAAUUUGAGGUGAAAGUUGUGAGAUUCCCUUCUGCAGUCACGAGAAUAGACAAGAAUUCAAUUACUGAAGCAUCGGAGCUUGA